AUGUUCUCUCUCUCAAAACUUGCACUCAUCGCUACACUCUUGAGUGUUAACCCGACGUAUGCGUUAUGGCCAAGGCCAGCUCAAUUAAGUACUGGGACAACAACUCUACGGCUGUCUCCUUCGUUCGAUAUUAAGCUCCCCGAUGGGGCACCCUCCGAUCUUAAAGAUGCUGUCGACAGGGCCAAGGCUGAGCUCAAAGGCGAUAAACUCGAAAGAUUGGUCGUUGGGCGAGGCUCUGGCGAUGCUUCGCGUAUCAAGAGCGCCCAAAUUCAAGACGAAGCAAUAACCGCUCUUGGUACGCGCGACGAGGCAUAUACAUUGAGUGUGCCGGCGGAUGGGAAUGCAGCUGUUAUUAGUGCCAACUCGACGUUGGGCUUGUUCCGUGGAUUGACAACGUUUACUCAAAUGUGGUACACCUACGAUUCAUAUACCUACACUGCAGAAGCUCCGUAUGCGAUCACAGAUAAGCCUGCCUACCCAUACCGAGGCCUCCACCUUGAUACUGCGCGCAACUAUUUCCCUGUUGCGGAUAUUAAGCGUACCCUCGAUGCGAUGUCAUGGGUGAAGCUCAACCAGUUCCAUUGGCAUAUCGUUGAUUCGCAAUCAUUCCCCCUUACUCUCUCCAAGUUCCCAGAACUGGCAGCAAAAGGGGCGUAUUCGUCCAAGCAAAUUUACAGCGAAGCCGAUGUCAAGGGAAUUAUUACUUAUGCUGCUCAACGCGGAAUUGACGUCAUGCUUGAAAUCGACACACCGGGACACACCGCUAUUAUUGGAGAGUCGCAUCCAGAAUAUAUUGCAUGUAUGCACAAGACACCGUGGGCAACAUACGCAAACGAACCACCUGCAGGGCAACUCCGCCUCGCUAACCCCGAAGUUCGAAAGUUCACAGCCGAUCUCUUCUCUGCCCUCCUAAACCCGCUCAAGGGUCUGGGUACUUUGUUUAGUUCGGGAGGAGAUGAAAUCAAUGCUAAAUGCUACGCCGAGGACGAGGAAACGCAAAAACAGCUUCAGAACCAGGGCCUCGAUUUUGAGGGUGCGCUAAAUGUAUUCACGAAUCAGACCCACAAAGCUAUAAGAGACGCUGGACGAACUCCAGUUGUCUGGGAAGAAAUGAUCCUCAAUCACAAUGUAACUCUUCCACAGGACACGAUUGCCCUGGUUUGGAUAUCAUCCGCCAACGUUGCCUCGGUUGUUAACAAGGGAUACCGUGUGAUUCAUGCACCGUCGGACUUCUUCUACUUGGAUUGUGGUGCAGGCGGAUGGGCCUAUUCAUUUGAUCCACUAAAUGGCACAACUGGAGAUCAAGCCAGCCUCGUGAUGGGAGGACAAUCUCUCUUGUGGACAGAACAAUCUGAUCCUUCCAAUUUGGAUUCUAUUGUCUGGCCCCGUGCUGCUGCUGGUGCCGAAGUGUUUUGGACUGGCGGUAACCGAAACGUUACCGAGGCUUUGCCCCGUUUACACGACAUCCGUUAUCGUAUGGUGCAGCGCGGGGUACGUGCCAUUGCUCUCCAGCCCGAGUGGUGUGCGGUCCGCCCAUACGCCUGCGACCUUACCGCAUGA